GAGCUUUCCUCCAACACGAAAAACCCUCUUCACCGCCGCACCGACUGCACACCGACCAAGCCUCACUUCUCAUGAUUUUCUCCCGGUGAUCAGCCCUUUCGACUUUAAGGCCUGGGUCUGCUUGGAGUUUUGCGCCCUGGAACCCGGAAACCGCAUGUCUAUCGGAUCCGCGCAACCUUCAGAGUCUCCAUUGUUCCACAGCAGCAAAAUCCAUCAUGGGCCACAUACACCGAUCAAAGUUCCCCUUUUCCAUACCGGGCCGGAAAGCCAAGCCGGUCCCUCCGCCUCCUCCUCCACCACCACCACCUUCUGGCCCGUUAACCAAGGCACAAAAGAUCCUUGGCACGGGGGGGAUCAACAUCGAUUCUCCAUGGGAAAUAAGAGCCAGCCCGGCCAUCAGCAACGCCCCUAUUUCGGGCGCAGCUCAUCAUGGUGAGAGAGAUGCUGGUCGGCGAAGGGCUCAUCACAAUGAGGCAUCCGCUUCCCACGAAAGGCGAUGGGAUAACGAGCCAGAAGCGGCCCCGAGGAAUACGGGCUGGCAGCAUAACGAGGGGCCAGAAUCCAUGAACUACGAGGGUACCAACACCUCACACCAACAACGACGACAGUCUAGCUCGACAGUUGCAUCGUAUUACGACAAGCAGCAGCAGCAGCUACAACAGCAACAAACACAAAACUCGGCCAUGUCCAAACAACUACCAUCCAAGGCCCAGCAACUACUUGAUUACGACAAUGGCAUUCCAGAGACUAUACCCGAAGCGAGAAUCAAGAAGAAGAAGUCAUCAAUGCUUGAUAUCUCUUCCCGACUACUGAAAUCCAAGUCUUCCAAACACCUAAAGCCGGAUUUGGUUGAUUACAGCGCCCAUGUUCUCGGGGCAGAUAUGAUUACCAACUCUCCAGCCAGGCCAACAACGCCGGAAAUGAGCCAGCAGCCGAUGAAGCGCCGGACGGAGAGGACAGAUUACGAACGCUACCAACAGGAAUCCUAUGCCAACUCGGCCGGGCAGGAGAUGUAUGAGGGGCCAAAUGUGGAUGAGGGCCCGGCACCUGACGAAGACGUCUCAUCAUUCCCGGCACCGCCGUUGAAUCCUUGUGCAAGAAAGGUUUCUCUAUCUUUAUUCCCGCCAGCACCGAGUGGCCGACCGGUUCAAACACCUAAGCGACCAGAGGGUCCGCCAUCCAGUGUCCUUACGCCUUCCAGCUUAGCAUCGCCUCUCGCGGACAGUGCUAGUAUCUCGAGUCGUCACACCAGGACAUCCGAGGCCUCGAAGCGGACAGAUCGCAGCAUGACCGCGCUUGACCUACAGAUGAACAGCGUCUUGUCUCUUUCAUCGGAUUCAGAGGAGGAUAGCUAUGAGUCAUCUGCACGAAACUCGCUGGCCGUGCCGUUGGGCGAGCAGGGACCAAUGAGCCCAGCCAGCACUCGUUCCGCAACCUCGCAACCUUCCUCGUUGACCGCGGACUACGGUCGGGCCAAAUCAGCAAAGCGACCACAGUACGGCACGCAAACACAGUUUUUGCCUAUUCCCGAAGGCGCUGCGGCAGCUAAUGUUUCGAAGAGGGGCUCGCGAGGCAGCUCUCAGAAGACAACUUCGCAUCUCUCCACAGGCAGCACAUCCACUUCCCAGACCGCGAUGCAUGGUACGCCUGCUCAGUCAAAGAAGGAAGCAAAUGCCACGCCACCCCUGUCGCCAACCAGCGUUGACGUUGACUUUUAUCUCCAAAACCGCAGCAGCGAGACGUUCGGGGCGUAUGCGCCGGACAACAGAUCCGUGUACAGCGGUAGAAGCCUAGGAAGCGAUAGGAUGGAUCCAGGCCGGCGAGCAAGCACCGCGAGCAGCAUCCAGGACAACGCCAGCGGGCGGUUCAUGGCCGUCACUCGACAGGAGGAGAUGUUGCUAGCAGCCCUGCGACAGAAGCGCGCCCGCAUGCGCGAGGACAUCCUUGCCGAGUAUGGAGACAACCGGGACGGCAUGGACCGCGACGAUCCGCGAGAUUCGCGCCUCACCAUGAUGAGCGAGAACACCAUCAGCAGCAGCAGGGUUUCGAGGCAGUCGUCGGCCAGCACGAUGCGCCUCAUGGACGCUCACGCUUUGAACGCACGGCCGCACGGGCAUCAGCGACCGCAGAUCCGCAUCAGCACUGGAUCUGUCGACAAGAGAUCGGAUAGGAUGUCGGAGUCUUCGGGACAGAUCCUCGUCAUGAUGGAUAGGUCGCUUAGGCAAUCGGGAGGCGACGAGUGGGAGCCCAGCCCGGAUCUGGAUGGCUUCAUGCACUUUGACGACGCCGGCGGCGAUGAGAUGUUGACGAGGGGUGCGUUCGGUGGGCCUUAUGAAGGCGAUAGCAGGCGCAACAGCCGAUCCAGUCUCGGUGCCCACUCGGCGUCUGGAUCGCACAGAGCCCAGCGCACGCCUUCCUCGCGCUCCAAGGCUUCGUCGCGGGAGAACAGCGUCCCCCGGAGGACCUCGGACCAGGUCAGCCCCCAGACUUUUGGUCAUCUGGCCCGCGAGGCGGAGCGCCGUAACCGGAUUGUCGAGGCCCCUGAGGAGGACGACAUGGAGGAUGGCAUCCCCCGCCCUGACUCGCCUAUCUCGCCUGGUGAUUUUCCCGUGCCGGUUUCGAUGCUGAAGAAGAACGUCAGGCUGAGCGCUGUUGGUCAUUAUUAAACAAACAAAG